UAGACAAAGUAGUGUGCCACCGUGGGUGUUCGUAUCCUUCCUCGCAAUGCCGGAUGGCGUACGUGGUGGAUAUCCAGCUCCCAUUGACCUGAAUUCCUCCGACUUCUCUGAAUGGAUUGCGUCACAAGAGUGCACGGACAGUCUUGCAAGAGCCUUAGAGAUGGCCAACUCCAAGAUCCUUGAGUACACCAAGAAGAAGUGGGACUUGGAGAAGGCUCUCAAGGAGCGAGGGGCGAAAAAGGAACACCAUGAGGAAGAGCAGGUCGCCCAGGAAGGGGAGAGCCCGGAGAGCCCGAAGAAAGGAGUGGGCCAGAACAUUCGGAGCAUCAUCCAGCAAAUUGAGCAGGGCACGAUUGAUGGGAUACAACUCAGUUUCAAAAACAUCACGCUGGGUGAAGCAAAGGCCUUGGCUGAGGCAAUGGUGGCAAAUGCGGAGAAAAGCACCAUCAAGACGCUCGAGCUCUAUGGCAACGAGUUCGGGGAUGAGGGGGUUAUGGCAUUCUCCGAAGUCAUCGCCAAUGAGAACUCCGCUGUGGAGAAGCUCGAUCUAGGCGGCUGUGACAUGACAGACCUCGGAGCUUUUGCACUUGCUGAAGCUUUGAAGAAGAACAAGACAGUGAGAACGUUAAACAUUAGUAGCCAUACAGGCAUCACUUCUCAAGGCAUCGGAGCCAUAGCCAAAGCUUUGGGGACCAAUUCCUGCAUCACCAAGCUCGAUGUGAGCUCUUGUGUGCUGGAUCGUGAUGGGGUUUCACUUCUAGCCCAAGGCUUAAAGACAAACACGGCUCUCAAAGAUAUCGACUUGCGUUUCAACGAGCAGAUGGGAAAUGGCGCUGCAGAAAUGGCAUGUGCGUUGAAGCAGAACAGGUCGUUAGAAGUCUUUGACCUCUCAUAUAAUGACAUCAAUGAUGACAUCGUGAAUGAGAUUGCCUUGGCAUUGCAAGAGAACAAGGAGACAGCUUUGAGGACCAUCGCGUUGAGAGGCAACAACAUCACAGACGCCGGGGCUGAAAGGCUUGUUCAAGCUCUGAACGAAAGCAACAAUCAGACGAUCACGGACAUUGACCUUACUACCUGCAAUGUGGCAUCCUGCAGUGACAAGCGUGUCAGAGUUUAACCACGACUGGCAUAGUUCCCGCAGCGUCAGUGUUGAGAGUUGCCUGAGAUGCCCCGAGACGGGCUGCACUACAUGGCUCUAGACCAGCCCUUCAACCAGCCCUUCACUUGUUUUGAUUCGAACAAUUAAUACUCAUGUCAUGAUGCUGUGUUUCAGUGUGCAUUACUUACCUGUUGCAAAUUGUGAGGAGCCUGACUUUCCUUUUGCUGUAUAGAGUGAACUUGGCACGGCGGGCCGGCGGGGCAGUCCGCGCAGUGUGAAGAUUGCCACACUGAAAACCCGACUUCUUGGUUCCGUUGCGGUUCACGUGCCGGGCUGCUACCUCUCGCCUCAAGGGCUGAGAAAGAAACACUGCUCAGUCAUGUCAUUUGCAACUCCAUUUUGAGAUUUGCUUUGUGUCAUGGAUGCAAACA